AUGUUCUACCUGAAGGAAGCAAAUGUAGCUUGCAACACUAAACUAUAUAUCUAUGCAGGCACCCUCCAGCGCACCUAUAAGCGUGAAUGAAGGACGUGUUUUGAGGUCUAGGGUAUCAAAAGAUCAAGAUCAUGUAGAUCCUGAGCAUCAGCCUUCCAAAGAGAUUACUUGUGAGCUUGAUGAUGAAGGUAGUCAAAAGAAAGGUGGAAGAAAAAUUACUCGAAAGGCUAACAUAUAUGCAAGGCUGAAUCAACCCAAAAUCCAUAUUCCACUUAAUGGGAAUGGCCAGCCUAUUGGGCCAGAUGCAACUGAAUUUGCCAAUUUCAUUGGUACUUUGGUGAGGAAGCAUAUACCACCUGCGGAGUUAGACUGGCGAGAUGUUGAUGUAGACAAAAAAUUGUUAGUGUGGGAGACCUUGAAGGCAUUUUAUGAGCUCGACUCAACCGCCUUGAGCUUUGUUCUCAACACUUCACACAUAAAAUGGAAGGAUUGGAAGUCAGAUUUAAAGAGGUACAAGUUUGAUGCUGCACUGACUGAUGCACAACUUAUGAAAAGACGUGAUAGCAGAAUUAGUGAAGCUGAUUGGAAGACCCUUAUUACUUAUUGGAGAUCUUCGACAUUUGAAUCUCGUAGUGCUAUCGCCAAAAAGAAUCGUGCCAAUGCAGUGCCUCAUACAUCUGGCAGCAAGAGUCAUGCCCGUGUUGCCAAUGAAAUGGCUGUCAAACUUGGGCUUGAUCCUCGAAGAGAUGAAGUUUAUAUCGAAAUGCAUACAUGCAAGAAAGGGGAAAGGAAAGGGAGUUAUGUGCCGCAGGCAGCAGCAACAAUUAAAGAACUCAUAGAGAAAGGUGAACAGCACCCCGAAUGGAAGGAAAAAAACAUUAAAGAAGGUGAUCUGUUUGCACGUGUAUGUGGAAUGAAGGAGCCCAGGGGUCGUGUUCGUGUGUUAGGUCUAGGGCCAACACCUCAAGAUUUGGGCACACCGGGUACAUGGGGUAAAUUGAGCACAAGAGUUCUAGUUGAAAUGGAAGGGCGUCGAGAAGCUGGAAAUCGCUUUAACAUGCUGGAGGGGCAUGUGCUAGAAAUGCAGGAACGGAUGAACCGAAUGGAAUUGAUGUUAGCUUCACAAGGAGGGCAUAAUCUGAAAACUCCUAGCUCGCAGCACGGUUCCAAUUCUCGACAAAACUCAAGAGUUGAAGCUGAGGAUAAUAACGAUGGUGAAGAAGAUGAUGAACGGGAUGAUGAAGAGCCCUUUGUUCAUAGAAGAGUUGUUGCAAAGCCCCCUUCAAGAAGCUCAUCAGCCUAUGAAGAUGAAAGCCUUGCAACAAUUAUCUCUGUUGACCCAGACACUAUUGUGGGCGGAGAGCCCCUUGGACCAGGAACUUAUGUGGUUCUUGUCAAUGUUGCGAUCAGAAGGGAUGCUACUUUGUCUUUUGAAUAUGAAGGUUUACAAAUUAUCGCUGAUGUUGUCACAAGGUCCAUCGCAUGGCCAUCUAGCAAGGAAAGACAUACAAAAGGAGCAGGAAGGAACCAGGAAGAUGUCAGUUUACAUUAG